AUUUUUGUUUAGUUCAAACAUGAUGCACAGAAAUACAUGCAGCUUCAAACUAGAACGAACCACGCAGCGACGAAGCCGAACUUUGGAAAACGCCAGUGAACAUGCGCCGUCUGGGCUUUGGCUUAUCUCGCUAGCUAGCCAGCGUCUGAUUGUUCCGAAAUUGAUCGAAAGUAUGCGUUUCAUCCGUGCUGCUCCCACGUCAAGGUUAUCGUAUCGUGGAUCAAACUGUGAAAAGUUGUCUGAUGUGCAAGCCUCUUGCUGACUGCAGAGACGAACGUUAAUCUGGCUCUCACUGGUUGAUCCUGUGCCAGCCCAGGGUCAUGACAUUCGCACUCAGUACUAGAACCUGCCGGGGCCUUCGGCAACAUUUCGCCUGCAUCCUGCAGAACUCCGUAAUAAAGAAGUCUUCAACAUGUUCGAGUAUGUCAGGGUCGAAAAGAUCAGGACAUAGGCAGCAUCAUCACUCAUCUAUUCAAUGUCAAAGGGCUCAUCAAAAUAUAGUAUCUCCUACAGAGAACAAACCAAGAUACUUCAGGGAAGACACGCUACUGCCCUUCUCAGCUUUUCUAACAGACUCAUUUGACCGUCAACACAACUACCUCAGAAUCUCGCUCACAGAGAAGUGCAGCCUAAGAUGUCAGUACUGCAUGCCCGAAGAAGGGGUGGAGUUAACACCUCAGAAGAAGCUCCUUGCUCCCGAGGAAAUUCUCAGAAUUACUCGGUUGUUUGUGAAGGAGGGUGUGGACAAAGUGAGGCUGACUGGAGGGGAGCCCUUGGUUAGGAAAGAUAUCAUCGACAUUGUGGAGCAACUAGGUAGGUUAGAAGGACUUAGAACCAUAGCAAUGACGACCAAUGGCGUAGCGUUACACAGGAAACUACCAAAACUCAGGGAAAGUGGGCUGAACCUGCUGAAUAUCAGCCUGGACACGUUGGUACCUGCCAAGUUUGAGUUCAUCACCCGAAGGAGAGGUUUCAACCAAGUUUGGAAAGGACUGGAAACGGCAAUCGAUCUGGGUUAUGAUCCCGUCAAAAUCAACUGCGUGGUCAUGAGGGGGCUAAAUGAGGAGGAGAUAUGUGACUUUGUUGAACUCACAAAGGACAAGCCAAUUGAAGUGCGCUUCAUCGAGUACAUGCCCUUUGAUGGGAACAAGUGGAACGACAAAAAGAUGUUCACCUGUGGCGAUAUGCAGCGGACCAUUCGAGAAAGGUGGCCAAAUUUUGCCCCUCUGGAAGAUACAGAGCCCAAUGCAACUGCUGUGGUUUACAAGGUGCCUGGUUACCAAGGGACAGUUGGAUUCAUUGCUUCCAUGACCAAGCCAUUUUGUGGAACGUGUAACAGGCUAAGGCUUACAGCUGAUGGCAACCUCAAGGUUUGCUUGUUUGGCAAUGCGGAGGUGUCACUGCGGGACGUUAUGAGAGAAGGCGGCAGCGACGAGGACCUACUGCAGGUCAUUGGCGCAGCUGUCGGCAGGAAGAAGAAACAGCAUGCUGGGAUGUUCAGCAUUGCCAAGAUGAAGAACAGACCGAUGAUUCUGAUUGGUAAUCAAAAUCAGAUCAGUACAGACAUUGUCAGAGGAAUUGGACCUGAUUUGAGUCAGAAGUCAGCCUCUACUGUGAUCAGCACUAAUGUAGCAAAAGCCUUGUGGAGACAAGAUGUGCCUCAUAUUGGGCAUUGUUUCCUCUUGGCUAGAGAAGGAAACUCCAACAACAUCCAGUGUGCCAAGCAUUUGUCCACAAGCACAUUUGUUUCAAAAAUUGGACAUCUCUUGAAACAUUUCAAAUUUGAUAUCCAGCCAUGGGAACAGUCUGCAUCCUGCCUAAUUGACCAUCAAACAUCUGACUUCCACCUAACAUCUAAACCUACACGUAACUCAUCUGCAUCUGACCUUUCUCCCUCUGAUCUCUCCACAUCUAACCUUCCCACUUCGGACCCUUCUGUAACUGACCUCUCAACCUCUGAUCUUUACAAAUCUGACCCCUUGCCAUCUGCCCACUCAGCACCAGACCUUGCCCCAGUGGACCUUACCUCUAGUGGACUUUCAGCCAUACAAGGGUCAAAGCAAACCGCCUCCACUGUAUCAGUUGCAGACUCGGCAUCUUCAACCACUGGAAAAGUGUCCCAACCAAAUCUUACCCAUGUGAGUGACAAAGGCAAGGCACAAAUGGUGGAUGUAGGUGAUAAACCAGGAACGCCCAGGGUCGCCGUUGCGUCGGGGAGGGUUCUCUUGGGGAAAACCGCCUUUGGACUGGUUCGUCAGAACAGGAUAGCCAAGGGCGACGUCUUGACUGUCGCACAAAUAGCUGGCAUCAUGGCAGCCAAGCAAACAAGCAGCCUGAUCCCCUUGUGCCACAAUAUUCCGAUAUCAAAGGUGGAUGUGCAGUUGACCAUGGACGAUGAGACACACAGUGUCAUGGUACGUGCAGAGUUGCGAACGGUUGGAAGGACAGGUGUGGAGAUGGAGGCAUUGACAGCAGUGUCCGUGUCGGCACUGACCCUGUAUGACAUGUGUAAAGCUGUCACCCAUGACAUUGUCAUCACCGACAUUAAAUUGGUUAUGAAAACAGGUGGUCAGCGAGGAGACUUCCAGCGCUAAUGGGUGUAGGGACAAGUGAGGCUGACUAUAAUCAGAAUUCGUGGUAUUCCCCGUUGUGCGGACAAGCCCACCUUAAGUGGCACUUACAUUCAUCUCAUUUUAGUUAUGAGCUUUGAUAAACAAAGCACUUUGUACCAUUUUUGGAUGAGGUUUUAAACUUGGCAGUUUUCUGCGAGGAUGAAAAUAAAACAGCAUCAUGAGAUUUGGAGGGUUUUAAAUUGUGUUUUCAUGAAGUUAAAGCAUCUAAAAAUGUAAACCUGUCAUUUAAUCUGUCUUGGUUGAUUGUGCAAUCAUUUGUUGUUGGAUUAAAUAACAUGAAUUGUGUCCUCACGAAUCCGCUUCUUAAAAUUGGUCAAAGUUUAUGGUUUAUAAUAUAAAUUUUGGGGAUUUAAAAUAAAAAUUCAAUCACGUUAUGAUCAAAUUAUUAAUUUGAGUUUAAGUUACCUUUUAAGCAUUCGGAAACCAAUGACUUGAAUUCAAAUUUGGCUGGUGGUGAAGAGGUCAGGGUAAUAUUAUGUACUAUUUUUUAUCAUCGUGUCAUAAAAUUUUACAAUUAAUGUGAGUAUUUUCCGGUCUUGCUGUAUAUGCACAAUGAAUCGGAGACGUCAGUAUGUACUCUCAGUAAAUGCUCCUUUUAGGUGAAGAGAUAUUUUGCAAAUUUUAUUUUAAUUUGUAUUAAAACUGAUAAGAAAAUAAGUUGAACGAAA